CCUUACUGUGACCUCAACGUUCCAGGGACAUCUUCCACCCUCAGAAGCAACAUCAUGACUUCAGGAAACCAAACUGGUAUAGCGGGAUUCUUCCUCAUGGGUCUCUCGGAGGAUUCAGAACUACAACCCCUCAUUUUUGGAUUAUUCCUGACCAUAUACUUGGUCACCGUGCUUGGGAACCUGCUCAUCAUCCUGAUCAUCAACUCAGACUCCCACCUCCACACCCCCAUGUACUUCUUCCUUUCCAACCUGUCCUUCACUGACAUCUGUUUCAGCACCACCACGGUCCCCAAGAUGCUCGUGAACAUCCAAACACUGAGCAAAUUCAUCAGCUACACAGGCUGCCUAACCCAGGUUUGCCUCAUCCUGAUGUUUGCCGGCCUGGAGAAUUUUCUACUUGCAGCAAUGGCCUAUGACCGUUAUGUGGCUAUUUGUCACCCACUGAGGUACACCAUCAUCAUGAACCCUCGCCUCUGUGGUCUGCUGAUUUUACUCUCCUUGCUCAUUAGCCUGGUGGAUGCCCUGCUGCAUAGUCUGAUGGUGCUGCGACUGUCCUUCUGCAUAGACCUGGAAAUCCCCCACUUCUUCUGUGAACUUGCUCAGGUCAUUAAACUUUCCUGCUCCAAUACCCUCAUCAAUAACAUCCUAGUAUAUUUGAUAACCACUAUACUCGGUGGUGUUCCUCUCCUUGGGAUUAUUUUCUCUUACAUUAAAAUUGUCUCUUCCAUCCUGAGAAUGCCAUCAGCUGGGGGGAUGUAUAAAGCUUUCUCCACCUGUGGGUCUCACCUCUCAGUUGUGUUCUUAUUCUAUGGGACAGCCUUUGGAGUGUACAUUAGUUCUGCAGUUACUCAUUCUUCCAAGAACAUAGCAAUAACCUCAGUGAUGUACACUGUGGUGCCUCCAAUGAUGAACCCAUUUAUCUACAGCCUGAGGAACAGGGACAUGAAGGAGGCCCUGAAGAAGCUCCUCUGGAAAAACUCUUCUUUUUCAUGA